UUAUUUGCAAAAUCACUUCCACACAUAGAACCUAAAGUAAGUCACCCUCUAUUCCUCUUUGCACUAUGUAUUCAUAAUAACCUCAUUUCGAUAAAUUGCAAGUGUACAAAAUUGUCGGGAAAGUAUUCCACUAAAUUUUGGAAGAAACGGUUGAAAGCUUGGAGACACUAAAUUGUUGGUGUGGGAGUGGUGACUUUGACGACUUUUCCGCCGGAUUUGUGAUUAAGAAAGGUUUUAUACAUUCUUAAUCUGCAUUAUGCUAAAAUUAAUCUACCUUCUUUGCAGAAAACAGUACGGAGAAUCCAAAGCGAUAUAAAAUGUCUACAACGGAAGGGGUGGAGCUUGCCGAAAAAUGGUUGGCGUUAAGGAUCAAGAGCAAGAAGAGCCAAAGUACAAUUCUUCGGGAUGUUAGCACCAAGCAGACAGUCCAUGAAUUUAUUGUCAAGCUGGCCGAGAUGACGGACGUGCCCGAGGAUAAGAUGAUGAUCUUAACGGGCUUUCCUCCCAAGAAGAUAGAACUUGAUCGAUUGGCGCUUUUGGAAUCACUUGGACUUUCAAAUCAGGACACUGUAAUUGUUGAAUUGGAUGUUAACUCGUCGGCAGCACCAGCAGCAGGCACAUCUCUGCUUCAAUCACAAGCUGGAAAAGUUGACCAAACUCCACCUACUAAUGGUCCUUCUGAAGCACCCGUGCGUAAUCAACUCAUCAUUAAUGCUCUCAAUGCGUCAACGGUGAAAGAGUUAGAAACCCAGAAAGUACCCACAGUCGAUAUUGAUUCUCCAGAAUUAUCAAGAGCUCUAACUUCAUCUACUCCCUCAGCUCCGUCAUACCAACGCCAGAAUUUGUCUAGUGAGGGAAUGUUGUUACGGCAGAUUGUUCCUGCAGACAAUUCCUGUCUUUUUACUUCCAUCUCAUUCUGUCUGACAGGAGGUGCAAAUGAGCACGAGGAUCCUGGAGCUACUCAUACUCGAGAGCUGAUAGCUGCAACCGUUGCGAGCGAUGCAGACCGUUUCGAUGAGGCAAUGCUUGGCCGUCCAAAUGCUGAUUAUGUUCAGUGGAUCAUGAAGAGCGAGUCCUGGGGUGGUGGUAUUGAGCUGUCCAUCUUAUCAGAAUUCUAUGAAUUUGAAAUGGCGGUUGUGGAUAUUCAGUCCUUACACAUUUGCAAAUUCGGGGAGGACAAAAAUUACUCUGAGCGACUGCUCUUACUCUACGAUGGAAUACACUAUGAUCCAUUGUAUUUUGAUCCAUUUGAUGGCAGCAAAAUCCAGACCAAGUUUCCGACUUCGGAUUCUUCAAUUUUGGAUAAAGCAAUCCAACUUGGACGGGAAGCCAAAGCUGCUCAUCAAUUUACAGAUUUGAGUAACUUUUCUCUGAAAUGUGGGGUUUGUUACCAACUUCUCAAGGGUCAAACGGAAGCGCAAGCCCACGCUAAGCAGACUGGACAUACCAAUUUCUCAGAAAUUACUCAAUAGCGACCUGUAUCGUCUUACUUAAAGUAAAGAACUACACAAUAUAUGAACGAAAAGAAUCAAAAAAUUCAGCUAUUUACAUUAUCACAUAAAACUGUGACUAACAAACAACCUUUUAAUUCCGCUCAGUAUCACAUAUAAAAUUGAAAAAAGAUACAAAAUCUUAUACUUUUUAUCUUCCACUUGUUAACUUAUAACCAGUCAAUAUCAACUCGCAUAUUUUUAUAUGUGUCAUUUAUCAUUACUGCUGUAAUUACUGGAUCCCAAUCCACAAAAAUUUUUUGUUAUGCUAUAAAAUAUUAAAAGUAUGUACCAUGUCAUUUCAAUGUACGUGUCAAAAUUAUAACCAAAAUGCAAAAAUAAAUUCGUAAUAUACAG